UCCCCGUCCGGCUCCCGAUGGCGAGGUUCCGGUUGCACUGGCUGGAGGCCAUGCUGCCGCUGGGCAUCAUCGGCGGCUUCCUCUGCAUCAUGGGCAACGGCCAGUACUACAUCCACAGGGCCGCGCACGGCAGGCCGAAGCACAUCGGGAACGACAUGUGGGACGUCGCCAUGGAGCGCCGUGACAAGAAGCUCGUCGACAAGCCCGCCGCCAACUAGGAUAUUGAUCAGCAAUUGAUCUUUCUUGGAUGUUGACGAAGCUCUUUCAGAAGCUCAGAAAUACUGCUGUGUAGUUUCCUUGUAUCAAUGGGAAACUGGGGCUUCUGUUUUUGUUUUUGGUUUCCCAACCUUGGAUGAAUAAUGUGUACCUAAAGUUAAUCAAACAAAAUAUGGUUCCCUUGCAAAUUAUUUACCCUUUCCCUCCUUGAUUGUUCAUGAACAAUGUGUGAUGUUUGUUGUAUCUAUUAUGGAUUUUUAUAUGGAUAUACUUAAUCUA